AUGGCCUCCAUGGGGAUGCAGGUGCUGGGCAUCGCCCUCUCCGUCAUCGGCUGGUUGGCCUCCAUCCUCUGCUGCGCGCUGCCCAUGUGGCGGGAGACAGCCUUCGUCGGGAACAACAUCGUGGUGGCGCAGAUCGUCUGGGAAGGGCUGUGGAUGAGCUGCGUGGUGCAGAGCACGGGGCAGAUGCAGUGCAAGGUCUAUGACUCGCUGCUGGCCCUGCCACAGGACCUGCAAGCCGCCCGUGCCAUGGUGGUGGUGGCCAUCGUCCUGGCCAUCCUGGGCACCCUGCUGGCAGUCACCGGCGGCAAAUGCACCAAUUGUGUGGAGGAUGACACCGCCAAAGCCAAGGUCAUGAUCCUCUCCGGCAUCAUCUUCAUCGUCGCCGGUAUCCUCAUCCUCAUCCCCAUCUCGUGGUCAGCCAACAGCAUCAUCCAGGACUUCUACAACCCGCUGGUCUCUGACUCGCAGAAGCGGGACCUGGGCUCAUCCCUCUACGUGGGCUGGGCAGCCUCGGUGCUCCUGCUGCUUGGAGGGGGGAUCCUGUGCUGCACCUUUAAGACAGGGGACAAGGAGAUCCUGUCCUGGCUGUCCGCGGUGGGUGUUCUGCUCCCCCCGGAGCAUCCAGCUGAGGCAUCUCCUCCUCGAGCAUUUCCUGGCUCCCGCUCCCCGGGACGUGUCUGUCCCUCGCGGUGGGUGGCGGUGUCGGUGCUGAUAGGGACAGCGAACCUGUUCCACGUGGUCACAGGGACGUAG